AACAGAGCACGAUAGUCAAGACCUUUUUGCCGCAUUCAGCAAUCACCCUACUAGGCUCAACACCUUCUUGAAUCCGGAUCAUCAUAACUUAGCCCAUCUGGCAUAUUCGAUUACCGCCAAUCGAACCAGAGCGAACCCUCCAAAUGCCCCGAGAUCCUCUAAUCGGACUGGUCGGCAAACCGAGCGCUGGCAAAUCCAGCACGCUCAACUCGCUAACAGAUGCUUCCUCUAAAGUCGGAAACUUCCCUUUCACCACCAUCGACCCCCAACGAGCGAUCGGCUACCUUCAGAUAGACUGCGCCUGCGCGCGCUACAAUGUUAGCGAAAGGUGCAAGCCAAACUACGGGUCUUGCGUCAAUGGCAAGCGUAGUGUGCCUAUUGAACUGCUCGACGUAGCCGGUCUCGUCCCCGGCGCGCAUGAGGGCAAAGGGUUGGGCAACAAGUUCCUCGACGACCUGCGACAUGCCGACGCCCUGAUACACGUUGUCGACGCUUCAGGCACAACAGACGCCGAAGGAAAGGUCACGCGCGGGUACGAUCCAUCCGUGGACAUUGCGUGGCUGCGCUCCGAGAUCGUGGCCUGGAUCAAGGGAAACCUUUGGGAGAAGUGGGGUUCAAUCAAGAGGAGGCAUAUUGCUGUCAAGGCGACAGCGGUGGAGACGCUCCAGGCACAGUUCAGUGGUUACGGGAGUACCGCUGCGGUGGUGGCGCGGACGCUGGAUAAGCUGGGGCUCAAGGAGCCGUUGGAGGAGUGGUCCGAGGAAACCGUCGACCGCGUUGUCAACGCCUUCACCGACGAGAAGUUCCCAACGGUGAUCGCACUCAACAAAAUCGACCACCCAGACGCCGACAAGAACAUUGCCAAGAUCGCCAAGAUGCAAGAUCCAAACUCCAUCGUCCUUUGUUCUGCGAUCUCCGAAAUCUUCUUGCGCAAGAUGGCGAAGCAAGGGUAUAUCAAGUACACAGAAGGCAGCGAGUUCGUUGACACGAGGGAAGACCUAAUAGCCGACGGCGAUCCGGACGGCGGAGGCUUGAAAGAGCUGGACGAGAAGAACCGGAACAGGAUAGAGAACCUGAAAGACAUGGUCCUUUACCGAUUCGGCUCCACGGGCGUCAAUCAGGUGCUGUCCAAAGCCGCCGAGAUCCUCGGCUUGGUGCCGGUCUUCCCAGUCAGGAAUACGACGACGUUUACGUCGGGUGCAAAUGAGUCGGCGAAUAAGGCGGUAUUCAGAGAUUGCGUGUUGGUCAAGAAGAACUCAACCGUAGCCGACGUGGCCAGGAAGAUUAUGGGUGAUGCGCCGAUUGCCUACGUCGAAGGUGCGGGCGGCAUCCGAGUUGCGGAAGACCAGAUUGUUACGGUUGGGAAGAAUGAUAUCUUAUCAUUCAGGGUAGGCCGAGCAUAAACAGCCGAAAGAGGAACACAGCCCAGUUUAGUACACCCUCGCGAACCGAGUAGAUAGAUAAAAGGCAAUGCGUAAGAGUGUCAUAAACAGCUACCAAACAAGAGCGCAUGGAGGGACAGCAAAAGGAGCCUUAUCCUACGAUAUGCAUCCCACAAACUCCCUUAAAUCAGCUUACUUGGAGAGCUCAUAAGAGCACAAGUGACCGGCGUAAUAGUGCGAAUUUGAAGUAGCAAAAUGCUCAUAACCGCAAGGCAUGCGUUUCUGUUGUCCUUGAGCGCCUA